AGGCGGGCCACAGGGCUGCGAUGGCUAGCUGUAGGUCGUGUGGGGGCUCCGGUCCACUGGAGAGUUUCCUCCAGGGCAAAUACUGCAGCUCCAUUUGUGUCCAGCCCUCCAGUGGCAGGUCAUCUCCCAGAGAGCAGCGGGAGAGAGAUGGGCGGGAGGGGGGACUGGGGAAACGAGUGAGGAAGAAGAGGAAGAUCUACAUGGACUCUGGUGAUGAAGAGGAAGACAACCAGGAGGAGGAAGAGGACAAGGCCAAGGCUGUCAAAGGGAGGAGAGCUGCUAAGCUGGCCAAGCUAGUGACAGCCCCACCCAAUAAGAAGCGACCCUGGAGCUGGCCCUCCUACAUGGAGGAGGAGAAGGCUAUAGCUGCCCCCCUUAAACUGUUCAAGGAGCACCAGUCRUUCCCUCAGAGCAGGAAUGCCUUCAAAGUGGGAAUGAAGUUAGAAGGACUGGACCCCUGUCACCCCUCUCUGUUCUGUGUGCUCAGUGUUGCUGAGGUCCARGGUUAUAGGGUAAGGCUUCAUUUCGACGGGUAUCCAGAGUGCUAUGACUUCUGGGUAAAUGCUGACACCUGGGAUGUGAAGCCGGCGGGCUGGUGUGAGAAGAUGGGACACAAGCUGCUACUGCCUAAAGGUUGUAAGGAUGGGGAGUUCAACUGGAACAUGUAUGUGAAGAACUGCAGAGGUCAGCUGGCCCCCAAACACCUCUUCAAGAGCCUCAACACGUCGGUGACUCCGUCAGGGUUCCGUGCGGGUAUGAAGCUAGAGGCRGUGGAUAAGAAGAACCCAUAUCUGAUCUGCGUAGCGUCCAUCGCRGCUGCUGUUGACAACAGACUCCUCAUACACUUUGACAACUGGGACGACACCUAUGACUACUGGUGUGAUGCCAGCAGUCCCUACAUCCACCCUGUAGGUUACUGUGAGGAAGCUGAGCUGACCCUCACCACCCCUGCUGAGUAUAAGCACCCGAGGAGUUUUUCCUGGGAUAAAUACAUGGAGGAGACUGGGACACAGGCAGCCCCUGCACGUGCCUUCAAACUGCGUCCGUGCCAUGGGUUCCASGCUGGAAUGAAGCUGGAAGCCGUUGAUAAGAGGAAUCCCAUGCUCAUCCGCGUAGCAACCAUCGCCGAGGUGGAGGACCACCGACUGAGGAUCCAUUUUGAUGGCUGGAGUGAGGAGUAUGACUACUGGGUGGAUGCUGACUGCCCAGACCUCCACCCUGUGGGCUGGUGUCAGAAGACUAGUCAUCCCCUACAACACCCCUCCAAUGGCUCCACUGAUAUGCUGGUCCUCCCAGGGCAGGGCUGUCCUACCCCAGGAUGCAAUGGGGUUGGUCACAUCCGAGGACCCCGCUACGGAACCCACUACACGGGGGUGAGCUGUCCGUACUCGGAGAUGAACCUGAACAGGGAGGGCCAGGUACCAGACCGUCUGAGUGGAGAACGACCUAUGACCCUGAGUGGGCCUCAUCACCRUGGGCRAYGCCCAGACCCUCCUUCACACACCCAGACAAACAGCCMCACCACACCGGAGCAGCCCGAGCCUGCAGACGACUCCCCUCAGACCAGUGUAACUAGGGGGCCGACGGUUGACGAGGGCGAACGAUCCAGGUGCAGCAGUCAGAGUGAGCCACCAGGGGGCUCCACUGAGCCCAUCAAUGAUGGAGCCAAGGCCAAGAGGUCUGCUCCAGUCCCAAAGUAUCUGAAGCUGCACGUCGUCAAGCAGGAGAAUGGAGAUGGGAAAGACUCCCUGUCUCUCCAGCAGGCGCUCCAUGAGUCAGUGUUCUCCCCAGGUGGCUCCUCCUCUCCCCCUCACAGGGUGGCUCUGUGCUGGGACAAACACUGCCAGCUGCUCCCUGAGGUCCUGGGCCUCACAGCUAAGAGAGUUGCAACCUGGACCGUCGACGAGGUGGCCAGUUUUGUCAAAGGGCUCCCGGGCUGCAAAGAGCAUGCUGCCACCUUCAGGRCAGAGCAAAUGGAUGGAGAGGCCUUCCUGCUUCUCACCCAAGCAGACAUAGUCAAGAUCCUGUCAAUCAAACUAGGCCCCGCCCUCAAGAUAUACAACGCCAUACUCAUGCUGAAGAACGCUGAUGAGGAGUGAGACGCCCCCUCACGCUUCAUUUCCUCCCACACCCGACCAAUGUAUCUGAAUUGUCUAGAGAAGUUUCAUCUCCUUUCUUUGCCUCCUCACCUUAUCCUCUUUGGUUUUCAUCUGCAUUGAUCUGAGCCCGCAGGAUAGGUCAGAGCAACGUAAUGGAUGGCCACCAGGAAUCUGCUUUCAGCUAUCCUGUUCUUCCACAUCAGUGUAGAGGAGUAGAGAGGAUACAGAGAGGAUGUACCUGGUGUCAGUGUAGAGGAGUAGAGAGGAUACAGAGAGGAUGUACCUGUGGUGUCUGUUGGAAGAUCUUAAUUGCAUACUCCUCGCGUCCUCUCCUUGUCUCCUCAAAACCCAUUGGAUGAGAGGACACGAGGAGAGAGGACGCGCGGAGUAUGCAAUUGAGAUCUUACCUGUCAGACAGACAACCCAAGAAAGUGUUUUAUACUAUAACAUAGCAACAAUUAAAAUUUAAAGGGGCAAUCCGGAGUUGAAACAAUAACAAAGCAGUWACCCCACCACUGUUUUGGCCAAAAGCUGAGGGAU